CAACAAAACAAUGCCUCUUGUUUCCACCCCAUAUCCAAUCUGGUCCAUGUACCUCUUCCAUGCUUCCCUUCUCUUUUAUGUAUACUUAGUGUGGCUACAGCUUACAACAGCCGCCGCCGCCACCGCCACCUUGGGAAAUGAUACUGAUUUCAUGGCAUUGCUUAAGUUCAAAGAAUCAAUAUCUGAUGACCCACACGGAGUUUUGACAUCAUGGAACACCUCUACCCACUUUUGUAACUGGCAUGGAGUCACAUGCAGCACCAAACAUCAAAGGGUUGUAAUGUUGAAUCUUAAAAGAUCUGAUUUGCGUGGGAUUAUAUCGCCUUAUAUGGGCAAUCUCUCCUUUUUGAGAAACCUUUACCUCCAAAACAAUAGCUUCUAUGGAGAAAUUCCAACGGAGUUGGGUCGUUUGUUCAGAUUACAACAACUCUCACUCUCAAACAACAUACUAACAGGGGAGUUUCCUAUCAAAUUGACAAAUUGCUCUGAUCUAAGGCACUUAAAUGUGUCAAGCAACAAUCUCCAUGGCAAAAUACCAAUAGAGAUUGGAUCACUAAGGAAGCUUGAAAAGCUGAAUCUUUUCACAAAUAAUUUCUCCGGACAAAUCCCACCUACCAUGUGGAAUAUUUCUUCUCUUGAUGUUCUCUCUCUGGCCUAUAAUAACUUGGAGGGCAAUUUACCAGAAGAAAUGGGACAACUUAGAAACUUGUCAGUUUUUGCAGUACCUGGAAACAAAUUGUCCGGUACGCUUCCUGCUUCACUUUACAAUAUGUCAUCUCUCUUUUUCAUCACAGCUGCAGAAAACCAAUUUCACGGCUCCCUUCCAGCCAACAUGUUCUCCACCCUCACCAAUCUGCAGGUGUUUGGCAUUGGAGCAAAUCAAAUGUCAGGUCCUAUCCCAACUUCCAUCACAAAUGCAUCUUUACUUCAAGUAUUUGAUAUUGGUGUUAACAGUUUUGUUGGACAAGUUCCAAUUCUAGGAAUGUUGAAAGACCUUCACUGGCUAAACUUAAAUUAUAAUAAUCUAGGCAAUGGUUCAGAUAAUGACUUGGAUUUUACUACAUCUUUGGUAAAUUGUACCAAAUUGGAAAAUUUGAUUUUGUCAACCAACAAAUUUGGGGGUCCUUUGCCCAACUCCAUAGGUAAUUUGUCAACCCAACUCAUUCGACUAUAUCUUGGUGAUAACCAGAUAUAUGGAACUAUUCCUGAAUCUAUAGGAAAUUACAUAAAUUUAAUUGCCUUGGUUCUAGAAUACAAUCAAUUUACUGGGACUGUUCCAAAUACUUUUGGGAAGCUUCAUAAGCUCCAACUGUUAGGUUUGGGGAUAAACAAACUAUCAGGACAGAUACCUAGCUCCUUGGGUAAUCUUACUCAAUUGCUUCAAAUAAGCAUUUCAAACAACAAGUUGGAAGGAAAAAUUCCACCCAUAGUUGGAAAUUGGCAAAAGUUACAAUACCUGGAACUUUCAGGGAACAAUCUUAGUGGUGCUAUACCCUUGGAGGUAUUCAGCCUUUUCACCUUGUCAACAUUGUUGAACUUAUCUCAUAACUCAUUUUCUGGCACUCUACCCGUCGAGGUAGGAACCCUUAAUAACCUUGGCACUUUGGAUCUAUCUAAAAAUGAUCUGUUUGGAGAGAUUCCCACAACCAUAGGAGAGUGUAUAAAUUUGGAAUACCUAAACUUACAGGGGAAUUCCUUCAAUGGGACAAUACCUCCAUCAAUUGCUUCAUUAAAGAGCCUUAUCCAAUUGGAUCUAUCACAAAACAAAUUGUCUGGAUCGAUUCCAACAGCAUUGCAGAGCCUUUCUCUACUAACAUACUUAAAUUUGUCUUUCAAUAAAUUGGAUGGCAAGGUACCAACAGAAGGAGUUUUCAAGAAUACAAGUGCAAUAUCAAUAGCAGGCAACAAGAAGCUUUGUGGGGGCAUCUCAAAGCUCCACCUGCCACCAUGCCCCAAUACUAACCAACAAAAAAAGCAGCAUAACUUGAAGCUAGUGAGAAUCAUAAUUUGUGUGGUCAUUUGUCUUCUACUGUUGUCAAUUCUUACUAUAUGUUGGAGUAGGAGGCAAAAGCAACUAUCAUCUUUGAUAUCAAAAACAACAGACCAGAGCUCGAUAGUGUCGUACCAAAGCUUAUAUGCUGCUACAGAAAGGUUUUCUACCAACAAUUUGAUUGGUUCUGGGAGUUUUGGUUCUGUGUACACAGGAUUCCUAAAAUCAGAAGACAGGGUCGUUGCCAUAAAGGUGAUCAACCUUCAAAGGAGAGGAGCUCAUAAGAGUUUCGUCACUGAAUGCAAUGCACUAAGAGUUAUUAGACAUCGAAACCUUGUGAAGAUUCUUACAUGCUGCUCAAGCAUAGAUUAUCGCGGGGAAGAAUUCAAAGCACUAGUUUUUGAGUACAUGUCUAAUGGAAGCUUAGAAAAGUGGCUGCAUCCACAAGGUGAAACUGCAGAUCGAACACAUACUUUGGACCUUGCUCACAGAUUAAAUAUUCUUAUAGAUAUAGCUUCAGCGUUACAUUAUCUUCACUAUGAGUGUGAACAACCUAUUGUUCAUUGUGAUAUAAAGCCAAGCAAUGUCCUUCUUGAUGAUGACAUGGUAGCUCAUGUGACUGAUUUUGGAUUAGCAAGGAUUCUCUCAACAAUAAAUGGCUCCUCUCAUAACCAAUCCAGCACAAGUGGAUUCAAAGGGACCAUUGGAUAUGCUCCUCCAGAGUAUGGAAUAGGUUCUGAGGUGUCAACACAAGGUGAUGUAUAUUCUUUCGGGAUUCUAGUAUUGGAAAUGCUAACUGGCAGAAGACCCACGGAAGAAUUUUUUGAAGACGGUGACAAUCUUCAUAACUAUGUGGAAAGGGCAUAUCCAGAGAAGCUUUUGGAGAUUGUGGACUCAACCUUUCUACUGAAACAAUUAGAGAAACCAUUAGCAGAAAAAGAAGGCAACAUAGUGUCGUGUGUAUUUUCUCUAAUCAAAAUUGGACUAGCUUGCUCAGUUGAAUCUCCGAGAGAAAGAAUAAAUAUGAGGGAUGUCAUUAGGGAGCUAAAUGUAACCAGAAACGCAUUUCUUUGUGGUUUAGUAAAUGUGGAGUAUUGUUGACCACAUAAAUAUAAAUAAUAAAUUAAGAAUGCAUGUUACUUCCAGAUUAUGGGUCCAACAAGCUAUAAAGCUUUUAAAUCAGUUUGAAAUUUCCAUGUAAUUGGAAAGUAGUAGUGUUAGGACACCCAACUAGUUCCACUUAGAAGAGUUAAUUUCCAUAACUAAAAAGGAGUGGAUUAGUGAAGAGAGUGGAGAGUUUUCAAAUAUCCUUUCCAUAUUUUAAUUAUUCAAUAGACAAUAGUUGUAUGAUUUCUGAUGAAGAUUGUAUACAGCUUAUCUUGUU